AUGGCCAUCCUCCCCAGACUCAUUGGCCAGAGUGCCAGCCGACUGUGUCUGCGACCUGCCACAUCUCUCGCCGCUCGCCCGUUCUCGUCAACCGCGCUCCGGAGAUAUGCGACGCCCGAGCACACCGGCACGCGGCUGAUUCCCACCGACGAGCACUUCAAACAGACCGGCGACGUGUACGGCUUCCCCUCCCGGUCCGAGCCCUCGACCACCGACAAAAAGCCGCGCGACAACAGCGUCGAGGACCGCAAAGUCAGGCACUACACCGUCAACUUCGGACCCCAGCACCCUGCCGCCCACGGCGUGUUGCGAUUGAUCCUCGAGCUUUCCGGUGAAGAAAUCAUCCGAGCCGACCCCCACGUCGGUCUGCUGCACCGAGGCACCGAGAAGUUGAUCGAGUACAAGACCUAUCUUCAGGCCCUGCCCUACUUUGACCGUCUGGACUACGUCUCCAUGAUGACCAACGAGCAAUGCUUUGCUCUGGCCGUUGAGAAGCUUCUCAACAUUGAGAUUCCCGACCGUGCCAAGUACAUUCGAACCCUGUUUGCCGAGAUCACCCGUGUCCUGAACCACCUGAUGUCGGUCCUCUCACACGCCAUGGACGUUGGUGCGCUGACGCCCUUCCUGUGGGGUUUCGAGGAGCGUGAGAAGCUCAUGGAAUUCUAUGAGCGUGUCUCUGGUGCUCGUUUCCACGCCGCCUACGUUCGUCCCGGAGGUGUCCACCAGGAUAUCCCCGUUGGACUGCUGGACGACAUCUACCAGUGGGCUACCCAGUUCGGCGACCGUAUCGACGAGACUGAGGAGAUGCUUACCGAUAACCGUAUCUGGAUUGAGCGUCUGAGGGGUGUUGGUGUCGUCUCCGCCGCCGAUGCUCUGAACCUGUCCUUCAGUGGUGUCAUGCUCCGUGGCUCCGGCAUUCCCUAUGAUAUCCGCAAGAACCAGCCCUAUGAUGCCUAUGACAAGGUCGAGUUCGAUGUCCCCGUCGGCACCAACGGCGACUGCUACGACCGUUACCUGUGCAGAAUGGAGGAGUUCAGACAGUCGCUGCGCAUCAUCCACCAGUGCCUGAACCAGAUGCCCGCCGGCCCCGUCCGCGUCGAGGACUACAAGAUCGCCCCUCCUCCCCGAGCUGCCAUGAAGGAGAACAUGGAGGCCCUGAUCCACCACUUCCUGCUCUACACCAAGGGUUACGCCGUUCCCCCCGGAGAGACCUACUCUGUGAUGGAGGCGCCCAAGGGCGAGAUGGGAGUCUUUUUGGUCAGUGACGGCAGUGAGCGCCCCUACAGGUGCCACAUCCGUGCUCCUGGCUUUGCUCACCUGGGUGGCUUUGACCACGUUGCCAAGGGUCACUUGUUGGCGGACGCGGUCGCUUUAAUCGGUACUAUGGAUCUUGUGUUUGGUGAGGUUGACAGGUAA